UCGGACCCCCGCCCCGCCUGCGUCCAGCCCUCGUUCCGCCCCGUGGCCCCGCCUCUGUGGACUUCUGAGCCCGGCUGCCCCUCGUGGUCGUGGCGCUCAGAGUGCCCCGACGGACGGACUGACGGACGCGGUUCUGAGGCAGGAGCGCGACCCUAACGCCGGAGACCGGGGGCACUAUGAACGAAGAGGAGCAGUUUGUAAACAUUGAUCUAAAUGAUGACAACAUCUGCAGUGUUUGUAAACUGGGAACAGACAAAGAAACACUCUCCUUCUGCCACAUUUGUUUUGAGCUAAACAUUGAGGGAGUACCAAAAUCUAAUCUCUUACACACCAAAUCAUUAAGGGGCCAUAAAGACUGCUUUGAAAAAUACCAUUUAAUUGCAAACCAGGAUUGUCCUCGAUCUAAGCUUUCAAAAAGUACUUAUGAAGAAGUUAAAACUAUUUUCAGUAAGAAAAUAAACUGGAUUGUUCAGUAUGCACAAAAUAAGGAUCUGGAUUCGGAUUCUGAAUGUUCUAAAACCCCUCAACAUCAUCUGUUUAAUUUCAGGCAUAAGCCAGAUAAAAAAUUACUCCCACAGUUUGAUUCCCAAGUACCAAAGUAUUCUGCAAAAUGGAUAGAUGGAAGUACAGGUGGCAAUUCAAACUGCACUCAAAGAAUUUUGGAUCAGAGGGAACAUACAGACUUUGGGCUUGCUAUGUUACAAGACGCAGGUGCCACAAUAUGCCAUAACAAUGUAUUGUGGCCUCAUGGGCGUACCCAGGCACAGAAGAAAGAAGAGACCAUCUCUAAUCCAGAGGCUGAUGUCCAAACUCAGCAUCUACAUUACAGCAGAGAGGAAUUGAAUUCGAUGACUUUUGGUGAGGUAGAACAACUGAAUGCAAAGCUCCAACAGCAAAUCCAAGAAGUUUUUGAAGAGCUAACACAUCAAGUGCAAGAAAAAGAUUCUUUGGCCUCAGAGCUCCAUGUCCGCCAUGUUGCCAUUGAACAGCUUCUCAAGAACUAUUCCAAAUUACCAUGUCUGCAAGUGGGACGAACAGGAAUGAAGUCACACCUACCCAUAAACAACUAACUUCAGCAGUACACUGACUUCCUAUGCUGUACCAUUGAUUGGUCUGCCAGGCAUGAAAGCUUUGAAAAAGUUUGCAGAAAGUUAUGGUCAAUUUUUUAUGGUCAUUAAAUUUGCAAAACAGGGCACUAUUUAACAUCUUCGUCAAAUAAAGCAGAUCAUUAUACUCUAGUCUUCUAAUCAUUUACCUUCAUUUUGAGAAUCUCUCCUGAAAGUACUAAAUACCCCUCUUACCUUUAACCACAUGUGACUACUUAAAAAUACUGUUAGUAUGAUUUUAUUAAACAUAUUUUAAUGUAAUUCACCUGUCAAAACAACAGAAGAUUAACUAGCUUCUUUUAUUCUGAACUACUAAAAAUAAUUUUUAAGAGGGAAAUGGAAUUCAUAAUGUCACCUCUUAUUUAUUAUGAGCAAUAUUUUAAUAUAAAAAUUUUAUAUAUAAAAAUGCUAUUUUAGGUAUCUUUUCAUUCUCUUUAUAAAUAUGUAUUUGAGUCACUCUGUAUAUUCAUGCACACGUGUGAAUGUGUUCAACCAUAUUUUGGAUCACUGCAUUUUAUUCUUCUAAUACAGUGUUUUUAUAACUGUUACCUUGCUUUCCAAAGAUAAAUGUAUUUUGAAGUAGAAAACUAUCUAGUUGAGUUGCUUUAACUUCUAAUAAUUUAUGAAUAGGAAUUAACUUUUUAAAGCAGAUAUCCACAUAAAUAAACUAUGUUACUGUUUUCUAAUAUUCUGAGUUCCAAAAGAAAAUGCUCAUUUAGUUAAUAUAUGUCCAUUUAUCUCCAUAGAAGUGAAAACUUACACUUCAUUAUCACUUUCAUUCUAAUAACUUUGAUGUGUUAGAAUUUGGAGAGAGUAAGUUAAGCCUCACUUGCAAGUCAAAUACAAUAAUUGUCUUCAUAUUGAAAUUGCUGUGAAUUGUCCUAUUUUUGAAAAAAAAUUAAAAUUACUCUGUGUAACACUUGAGGUAAAGAUUCAAGAAAAACUGUCCAAAUUUUGUUAUCAGCACCCUUGAAAUUAUUACUCAACAAAAGCUUUGUAAGGCAGUUUUCUAAAUUUCAGAAUCCAGAGGAAAGAGAUUGCUUGACACAAAAAAAAAAACCUAAUUUUUGAAAAAGCCCAGUUACCUAUGAUGUUUCCAAAGAGUUCUUAAUCAAUAGACUGUCAUAAAUAGCUAGAUAAAUUUUGAUUGUGUGUUAUAGUAAAUAAAUACAUAUAACCAGUGUAAAUUAAAAUGGACUAUAAAUUCUGUUUUCAGUUGGUGCUUGAAAUGUACUUGGGAAGUAGAUCCUUUGCUUGAAAGAAUCUACAGAAAAGCCCAUUAAACUUGGCAGCUUUACUUAUAGACAGAAUGACUUCUGCCUUAAAUUUGGCAGUCUGGGUCAGAUUUGGCUUCAACACAAACAGUAUUUGACUAAGUAAGAAAUACUUCCAUCUAGUUGAAAGCAACUUGUUGUGAGGCUAGGAUAUGUCAAAUUGGACUGAGAUUAUUGAUAUUCUGUUGAUUCUGUUUUGGUUUUUCUUUGAAGUAUGACAUAACUGUCAAGCCUUUUGGAAAGAACUUUUGAAGGAUAACUUUCAAUUCUCUGAAUUCUUUCCGUCACCCAAAAUGAAUUUAAAAAUCCAAGGAGUAGGGAUGGGUGGUGUAUUGCCUUAGUUUCAACAAGCUUUAAAUUGAAUGUGUGCAAUAUGAAAAUAUCCAUAUUAGCGUGUUGAAUAAGACAUUUUUUGAGUAUACUAGUAAGUAUUUUAGUACUUACUUGUUAGCAUUACAUUUUCAAAUUUGACUUUACUCUUUUUGGCAUGAGUCAUUAAGAAUGUUACCAGCCAGUAUGCUUAUACACACAGUUGAUCUUCUCUUUAGAUGACUUAGGGACAGACAUAAAAGUUUGGGAUGUGUUAGAUUUGAUAUCAGUAGUAACACAUUUCCAGAAUAUGAGCCAUAUGGUGUAGUCCUGAAUUACAACAGUGUUAUCCAAAGACAGUGUUUGCUUAUCUCUCAAAGAGUUGCCUGGCAAAUAUGUAGCUUUUCUAAUGAGUUUGAAGAGUUGAGUGGGAUUGUGCAUGUGUUAAGGUCUUAACUGGGUACUCUGGUUUAUUUCAUUUAGAUAUCUCUACUUAAUGCUUCUCAAAGGAAAGGUGCUCCUAAAAAUUGUAUGUGGUGCUGGUACUCACACUAGUACUUACUCAGAUGAAUUUCUAGGAAAAAAAAUUUUUGUUGAAAUAUUUUACCCAGCAAUUUACCCAAAUAUUUGGUAAACAUAUAUUCUUAUGUUAGUUUUCUUGACUGAAUAUGCAGUUACUGUGUAUGCAGAAAUAAGGAUCAGGGACUGGGUUCUAACUUGAAAGAACAUGAAACAUCAAAUACUGCUUUUCAUACUUGGCUGUUCUGUACAGUUGUUAGUACUUUUUGAGAUUUAGAAGAAAAUUUCAUGUAUGACUCAGCCAUUUCUAACAUUUUCAGAGCUUACAAGAAAGAUUAAGGAGAGUGAAAUGAGACUAAUUUUUUACUCAUUAUAUUUCAUAAUUAGAAAAACUAAACAGUUUAAAAAGUCAUAAGUAAUUUUGACCAUAUAAAAAGUGUUUAAAUCUGUUAAGCCUUAUAAUUACUCUAAAAGUCAGUCAUAUUUACCUUGAGGUUAUCAUCUUAUCCUUUGAUUCUAGUAUUAAUAUAUAAAUUAGUCAAAAAGACAUGCACUUGAGACCCCAAUAAUAGAUGAUUUAAGCAUCAGAAUAGUGUUUUGUUCUCUUCUGUAGUUUCUUAGGCCGAAUGUUGGAGCAAAGAGAUGUUAAAGUAUAUGUUCAUUUCACCACAAAGUGCCCAUUUUUAUAAUACAUUGAGAUUAUUUUUUAAAUAUCAAGUUCAUGUUAGAAAGUAAAACUUAAAAUGUAUUUUAUUGUCAUCUUGAGUAUCUCGAGAUUUCUUGGUAUUUCAUUUUACCAUAUGCUUUGCUACUGAAAAUGGUUUUGGUUUAAAAGUACUCUCAUUUUUUGUUCAUGUUUUUUACCGUGGUGUUUACACUGUUGAGAUUUGUCAGUUAAUUUUUGCUAGUUUUUUUUUAAAUAAGCUUUUUUGAUCUAUGUAUGUUAAUGUUAACCAGUUUUGGUUGUAUUUUGGAAGAAAUCUUUCAAUAUUAAUGUUGUAAAAUGUAAUACAAAAUGUAUAUGCUCUAGACUUACAUAGGAAUUUUUGAAUAAUAAAUUAUUUGUAUAGCUUUUUAGGAGGUUCAGGUUAGUAACCAUAAAAGUCGGUUUACAUGUUCUUGAAAAAUUUUAAAUACUAUAUUGGAAAGUUCUUGUAGUGUUAUUUUUCCUGACUUGUGUCAGUUCAUUUACUGACAAAUGUUGUUAUUACUUACAAUAAAAUAAGAUAUUUGAGUAUUUUAAGUACUUAAGGAGCUGAAUGUUCUAUGAAAAAAUUUUAAAUACCUUUGUCAACCUGGCUGUAAGGGAAAGAUAAUUUCAUUUCAGUAUUUUUAGAUUGCAAUUUUAACUUGAGAUUGAUGGGAAUAAUUAUUUGAGGAAAUGUGUGAUGAAAACCAGUACAAGAUAACACACUUACCUCAACAGGUUUUUCUUGCCAAGUUAAGUUUUAUGGUGAUGGCAUAGAAAAGAGUUUAUUUACCAUGAUAAUAAAGGCUCUGGUAAAAGCAAAGCUUUCCUAGAGGAGGGGCUAAUGCUGUCUGGAAUAUCAACGCUCUUCUGUGUCUCAGUACUUUCAUUUCCCUUCAUCCUUUCAUGGUUGAUAUUGUUAUGGCUAUGUCACAGUUCAGUCUAAUGUGGUAAGCACCUUUGGGCUGUGGUUAAUUUGAUCUGAACCAUGCUACAGCAUUUCUGUAGCAUUAACAGCUUUUUAACACCUAGAUUGUAAUACAAACUUUCUUAUUAUUUUUAGCUUAAAAGAGUCCACAUUACUGAUGCAUUUUAGUCAUUUUGAAUUGUUUCACAACUUUAAUUCUAACAAGGUAGAAACAAAAAACAUGGAGAUGACUACUGCCCCUCUUCCAAAAAAGUAGUGAAACUUCCCUCAACUGCACCUAAAGCAGAGGGAAUUUUAAUAAGUGGUGGUUUCUUACUCACUUUAAACAUGGCUACAUUAAUAAGUGGCUUUUUUUUCCUCCUUGCUACCUCCAAAAGAGGCAGUUUAGAAAGUAUUUAGUGGUGAUUUCUGUUACAAAUGCCAUUCCUACUUUUAUGUUUCUGUAUUAAUCUUGUUUUAAAUCUGAGUAGCAUAUGCUAUGGUCAUUUAAUUUAACCUCUCUUUGGUGUUAGAAAUUUCUUUUACAAAAUUGUGCUAAGACUUCAGAAAAAGAAAACAAAACCGCCAUGGUUUAAAAAAAUUUAUUUCAAAAAAGUUUAUUUAGACAUCAUUUGGCUGUUAUAUUUUCUUUGAAAACUGCAAUAAUUUAUAUAUUUGUAUCUCUCUGCUUUGGAAGUGUAACUAUAUAAGCUUGUUUACCAUUUUUAAUUUUACAAAAAUAAAAUAAAUAUUUUGGUAUCUGCUA